UCGCGGAGAAAGUCGUAACUAAUUUGUCAAUAGAAGUCAGUGGUUUAUUUUAUGUAAAUAAUUCCGCAAAAAUGUCUUCAAACGAACAAAAAGCCAAUCAACUAAUCGCCGAAGCGGAGAAAAAGGUUUCGUCCCGCGGUUUUUUCUCAUCGCUGUUCGGGAGCUCCAGCCGUGUGGAAGAUGCAGUGGAAUGUUACCAGCGCGCCGCCAAUUUGUAUAAAAUGUCCAAAAGCUGGGCACCAGCUGGCAAUGCCUUUUGUGAAGCUGCCAACCUGCAUAUCCGCAGUGGUGCUCGACAUGAUGCUGCCACCAACUUCGUGGACGCAGCAAACUGUUACAAGAAGUCUGACAUCAAUGAGGCUGUAAAAUGUUUGCUGAAAGCAAUAGAAAUUUACACGGACAUGGGUCGGUUCACGAUGGCGGCGAAACACCACCAGACCAUCGCCGAAAUGUACGAGACCGACGCAGUGGACUUGGAAAGGGCGGUGCAGCACUACGAACAGGCCGCCGACUAUUUCCUGGGCGAGGAGAGCAACUCGUCGGCCAAUAAAUGUCUGCUGAAGGUGGCCCAAUAUGCGGCCCAGCUGGAGAACUACGAGAAGGCGAUACAGAUUUAUCAGGACGUGGCCACGUCGGCCCUGGAGAGCUCCCUAUUAAAAUAUAGUGCUAAGGAAUAUCUGUUCAGGGCGGCGUUGUGCCAUCUGUGCGUGGACGUGCUCAACGCCCAGCACGCAUUGGAACGUUACGUACAGAUGUAUCCGGCGUUCCAGGACUCGAGGGAGUACAAGCUGCUGAAGACGCUGAUUGAGCACAUGGAGGAGCAGAACGUGGACGGAUUCACUGAGGCUGUGAAGGAAUACGAUUCCAUUUCGCGGUUAGAUCAGUGGUACACGACUAUUUUGUUACGCAUCAAGAAACAACUCAACGAUAGUCCCGACUUGCGCUGAAAUGUGUCGCCGAGUUGUAUUUUGUUAAUCGAUAAAUAUAAGUUUAUUUUUUGUUACUUUUAUUGUUGAAUCUGUGGUCUACAAAUAGCACUCUACUCGUUCUCUAUUACUUUGUAUUUUGUAUAUAUUCUUUAUGUAAUAUAUAUUUUUUCAUUA